AUGCCUCGUCCGGGGCGCAACACCUACAGCGACCAGAAGCCGCCCUACUCGUACAUCUCGCUGACGGCGAUGGCGAUCCAGAGCUCGGCGGAGAAGAUGCUGCCGCUGAGCGAGAUCUACAAGUUCAUCAUGGAGCGCUUCCCCUACUACCGGGAGAACACGCAGCGCUGGCAGAACUCGCUGCGCCACAACCUCUCCUUCAACGACUGCUUCAUCAAGAUCCCGCGCCGGCCCGACCAGCCGGGCAAGGGCAGCUUCUGGGCGCUGCACCCCAGCUGCGGGGACAUGUUCGAGAACGGCUCCUUCCUGCGGCGCCGCAAGCGCUUCAAGGUGCUCAAGGCCGACCCGCUGGCCCCCAGCAAGCCGCCCCCCGACGCCGCCGCCGCCCACUACCUCCAGCACCAAGCCAAGCUGCGCCUGGGCGCCCUGGCCGCCGCCGUGCCCGCCGCCGCCGUGCCCGCCUACAACCUGGCCGCCGCCGUCUCGCCGCCCGGCUCGGGCUUCAAGCACCCCUUCGCCAUCGAGAACAUCAUCGCCCGCGAGUACAAGAUGCCCGGCGGGCUGGCCGCCUUCUCCGCCCUGCCCGCCGCCGCCGUGCCCGCCGCCUACCCGCUGCCCGCCCCGCUGGGCCCCGCCGCCUGGCACAACGUCUACGGCCACGCCGGCCUCCUGGAGCCCGGCUGCGGCGGCGGGGGCGGCGGCGGCGGCGGGGGGGACUACGGCGCCUACGGGGUGCCCCUCAAGCCCCUGUGCCACGGCGGGCCCACCCUGCCGGCCAUCCCCGUGCCCAUCAAGGCCACCCCCGCCGCCGCCGUCCCGGCCCUGCCCGCCCUGCCCGCCCCGCUGCCCGCCAUCCUCUCGAACUCGCCCCCCGCCCUCAGCCCCACCGCCUCGCAGACGGCCGCCAGCCAGAGCAGCCCCGCCGGGCCCAGCCAGACCCUCACCGGGCCCCCCGCCGCCCUCCACGCCGCCGUGGCCGUCCACUGA